AUGGGACCAAAAGUAGUAGUUAAUUGGGACACCUUUGAACUCCUAUGUCAAGAGGUGGAAAAAUUCCCUGCUAUAUGGGACAAACAGCAUCCAGAUCACAAAAAGCCCAAAUGUAUUGCUGAAAUGUGGGCCCAGAUAGACGAGGAGUGUCCCAAAUAUCAAGGAAAGGCCAAAGACGAAUGGGCCAAACCGGGCGGGGUACGAGAGCGAUUCCGAAAAGAAAUACAGAAAGGAAAGAAAACAUUGAAAAGUGGAGCUGCUACCAAAGAAGUGUGGGUCAGCAAGUGGCCACUUCUCAAUGUUUGUAAGUUCCUUCUGUCUCAAUUUGCGCACAGAAGUACCGAAGGAAAUCUCGAGGAGGAUGCGUCUGAAAAUAUAGAGAAAUCGCUAGUAGCACAUGAAAAUGCAGAAGAGGAAGAGGUACAACAAGAAAAAACCGCUACUGAUAAGUCAAAGGAAGAGAAAUCAGAGUCACUAUUGAAGAAUAGCAUGGGCGAAAAGAAUGAAGUAAAAAACCAGAAACACUAUUUGAAGGAUGAAUAUCUUACCAAAAUAUUGAUGGAAGACGAUGAUGAAGAGGAUUUGUUUGGGAAGACAGUGGCGAAAAAACUAAAGAAAUUACCGACAGGGCCCUGA